AAUCCCGUGAACCAUCGAAACUUUGAACGCAAGUUGCGCCUCAAGCCAUUGGGUUGAGGGCACGUCUGCUUGGGUGUCAUGCACUAUGUCUCCCCUCUCGUGUGUGGAGUGGGAAUAGAUCCUGGCCUCCUGGGCCCUUCCUUGGGCGUGGUUGGCCGAAAAUGUUGUCCUGGAUUUUGUUGAUGUCUUGGUGAGCGGUGGAUGUGCCAGGGG